UACCGGGCCCGUUUCGGAGCGGCGCUGGCGAGGGUAAGAUGCACGAGAAUGAGGUGAGCCCGCAGGACUGCCUUCGCUCGCUGCGGAUUCUCGUGCCAGUUCCUCGAGGGCGCUGUGUUGCAGAGGACGCUGCGAGAGAGAGACUGAAGCUUCGAAUGUGAAGAAAUUUGGUGGCGAGUUGAGGUGGAGUGGACGCGCAUUUACUUCUCUCCCUGUAUCGUGCACGGAUGACGUUACGGAUAGCCACGGACGUUACUGCGUGAUCUGAUGUGUGGGUAUGGAGGCCCGUCGUUUUGCUAGGAAGCACGAGGCUCGGCGGACAGGGAGAGGAAGCGAGAGAAGUGAGACGAAUGUUUUGGGUACGGUGGUGCGGGGGUAAGGAGGAGCUGGAAUUGGUGAUCCAGUGCGGUUUCCGGAAGUGGGUAAUGUGCAUCUUUGAUGAGAGAGGGUGCAGAGGUAGGAGAUUCAGCAAGAGGAGGAGUUGUAUGAAGGGGAGAGUGAAGGAAGGAUGACUAGCAUUACAGAUGCGCGCCGAAGGUUGGACAAAACAUUAUCAUCGUCAGCUUUGUCCGAUACUGCAAUCCUCAACAACCUUGUUCGCAAGCAGCUACUUAAAACCAGCUCAGCUACCGAACUGACGGAACGAAGAUGGUCAGCUGCAUUGCCCAAGAAAAGUUAGCAACUGACGAAGUUGUAGAGAAGAGAAGCAAACAGCUGCUGAAAUUGUUGGAUGCUUUGAGGAGUGCCAAAGGAGAGAGGUCAACGAAAAUUGUAGAUGGGGAAUGGAAGGUCAAGCAAGAUACUCCACAGUUUCGGGUUAUGUACCGAGAAGGGCCAGAAGGAGCUCCAUAUCACUCACUAUGCUUAGAUGGCGUAAUCGACGGCCCUUUGUCACACGCUUUGGUUGUUGCUUGGGAGGUGCCAAUGUAUAAAGAAUGGUGGCCACAGUUUGUUGCACCUACCUUCAAGAUCACAGAGUCCAGGUGGCUUGAAAGAAACACUGUAGGUGGAGACCACUCUGUGCUGAGGUUUAAAGUGCCUUGGCCCUUUGCAAUGCGUGAAGUAAUCCUAUCUGCAUAUGAAUUGGAAUACUUUGAUGAAGAUCUUGUGGCUGUACUAUACAAAACAGCGCCAGAUGUCCCAGAGGAGAAGGUGGAUGGAAUUAGCAGCACUCAAAUACCAGGAUUGCAUUCAAAUGCGGUCCGUAUGGACCUUGAGGGUGGAUUUGUGUUGCAGAAGAUUGGUCACAAUCGUAGCUUCUUUCGUGUUGUUGUGGAUCUGGAUAUGAAGCUGGAUCUUGUUCCUCCUUGGCUAAUCAACUUCAUUGCUAGGCAGCUUUUAGGCCUUGGCUACAAGUUGUAUCAAAAGGCGGUUGCUGGGGUCAAAGGAAGUCCAUUGGAGAAGCUCCUCGACACCGAGCCUAUGUAUAAGCGCAUUCAAGCUCUUGACGACAUGUCGUUGAAUAUGCAUGACCCUGCGCUAAUGGCUAUGUUGCCACCAGAGAAGGGCUUGGCAGGACUCUACAAAGUUCCUCAUAAACAAGAAGAAAUUGACCGUGUGGAGUAUGCUAUCAAAGCACUGUCUGACCAGAGGCUGCCUAAGCCUUUGAACCGGACACCAGAGGACGUUUUGGUUCAAGAAAGGCAAGACACAUGUUCUGAUAGCAACAUUUUCACGGCUGAUGUCCCAAUUUCAAAUGCUUCAUUUGCUGAUAUUCACGACAAAGAUCUCAACAUCUUGACGCCCGUUAUUGAAACAAACGGCAUAGAAAUGUCCACCAUGUCACUUGUGCCGGAGCAGCAGAUAAGAUUGGCCAGUGAGGAAGAUGGACCUUCAGAUCCGGAGGUCGUUUGGGCUCUUGAAUUUCUUGAGAAACUUAUAAUGCAUUUUAGCAGCCAAAGAGCCUCCUCUCAAAAUUUUGAGAGCAGAGAAACCCUUAGUGUAGAAAACGACAACACAGGUAACUCAGAGCCUAUCUGCUCGACGGCAAAGUUGGAUUUUUUUAAUGAGGCAGAAGAAUUUCUAGAUACCCAGGAGGAGUUCUUACCGGAGGAACUCACGAAAGAGCAUAUUACGUGCGAAACUAAGGUGUCUUACUCGAUAGCAGCACAUACCAAGGCGAUGGAAGGGCCUACGGGAUCCAGCGUUCAGCAGACAUCGCAAUCAAGUGAUUAUUCUGAUCUGAAUAGGGUAGGGUCUGAAAAGAUUUCUGCGGCACUAGAUGGCAAUGAUAUUAUUCAACAGCGUUCUCGAGCACAUCACAGAGGAUUCCGAUUCUUCAGGUUUGGGAAAUGGCGUAAAGAUGCGGGGAAAUCUUUUAAAAAGCAAGACAUAACUACAGUGUAGGACUUCAAAAUGAGGUUCAUGGGAUGUAAGCAGGGAUCUCCAUUUGAUGCUCUGCUCUGACAGCAUCAACCCAACCAACCAAUGCAAGCUUCACAGCAAUCAGAUUGAAAGCCACAGCUUCAUCAAACACAAAGCUGAAGUCAUGUACUGCACCAGCUGUUGCAAUCACUUCUGGUGUGCAAUUUAGUGCCUCUACUAACAGCUGGGAAUCGUAAACCCUUGAAGACGUAAGUGUACAAAAUUUUCUUUUUUCUUUUUUGUAGGACUUGAUCCAAGGACUAAUGCUUAAUCACCUUGAAUUGUUAUUAAAGGCAGGUAACCCUCCAAUAGAAUUGUGUGAGAGCUUCCAAUCAUGCCAUCUUCAUGUAAACUACUUGUGUGGUUUCGAAUGUACUCUGUGUUUGUUUGUUCUGUUU